AUGGCGACAAAAGGAAGGCAUUCAAUAACACCCGUCUCGACACUUGGUCGUUUUUUUAGCGUUAUUGAUUGCGAGUUGCACCGCAUUAACAUUGUCUAUUUAGUGAAGGGAUACAACCUGAGGUACUCUUUGACGGUGGCCACUCUCCUUCUUCUUUUGGCUCUAACGUUUGUCUUUCCGACCGAGCAGCCUGUGUAUGUCGGUGUCGUGUCCCUAUUGGCACAGUCCUUCAGUGUGCUAAUGAUUGCGGGAGGUCUCUAUUGCGCCACAGGUGGUGUCUUCACACGACGGCGGCUGCAGGAAGAGUGGCUACUAGGCAAUGUGAAGGAUUUUUUGCAUCUGCUUAUGGAGAAUGCAUCUUCUUUUAAGGCGGGGUAUAUGUUGUUGGCGUUAGAGGCUAUGGCGCGGCUUGGCAACGUUCUUCAAGGGUCAGCGUGUGUCUGUGCUUUGUUGUUGUUGUGGAUAUGCUGGCUGUUGCUGAAGAUGAAUAGUGAGAGGCCAUGA